AUGAACCUCUCAGCCUUCCGCCCCGCCUUCCGUCCGCUAAACCAAUCCGUCUUCCGCAACCCAUGUCUUUUCCAAAGAACAGCCCAACCGCAACAACACCGAACCCCAUCAACAACAUCCGCCUUCUCAUCGACAUCCCGCCUGGAAAAGCGCAGUAAAGGCGGCAGCAAAAACGACCCGCGAAUCACAUCAAUCCGCUACCACCUCUCGCACCCCCUCACCCCGCGACCCCUCCUCUUCUCCCGCAACCGCCACCUCCGCCACUGGACCAUCCACCGCGCAUGGCUCCUCUUCCUGCGCAAGCGCCGCUGGGCCGAGGAGCGCGACCUCGAGCGCCAGUACAUGAGCAUGCGCGACGCGUGCGAGCACCUGCGGCUGCUGGACAGCCAGGGGAACCGGGUAGGGGAGAUGGAGGCCGGUGGGCAGGGGCCCGAUGCGGGGCGCUUGGGCGUGAGGGGAAAGGAUGUGGGCAGGUUGUAUCGCAGUGCUAUGCUCAAGAGGGGGGUGUGGGGGAGCGUGCCCGUCGAGUAUGCGAGGAUGCAGACGGAUUUUCCGGGGCGGGAGGGCUGGAAUCAUGGGUGGACUAGGAAUUGA